AUGGCAAAGUUUGGUAGGCAAGUUCAGUCUCAUGUUCAAGUAUUUUGGCUCCCGGAUCUAAAGGAAAUGAGGUACAUGUCGGCAGAGCGAGUCAAGACCUCAAUCACCACUCACCAAUCCUGGGCCAGAAAAUCCCCUCCUCAUCAGGAAAAUGUGAAAUUCACGCACCUUGUAGGUCUCCUAGACACCAAUGCAUGCAAAACAAUCAAACAGACUCGUUACUACCUCCGAACAUUUUCUUGCAAUCCCAACAUCAAUCCUUAUACAUUGUCUGGUUCGCGACUUGGACUACUUAGAGAUCAGGAAAAUUUGGCGCCACUGCGCAACAAGCGUCUUCGCUCGCAGUCCCCCGAGAUUAGUGGAAAGACACCAGAGGGCUCGGACGUUAAAAGGCCCAAAAGGCUUGUCCGGCAGAUCCCACUGGAGGAAGUCCAAAGGCGCCUGCAAAACUCUUCCAAUUCCGAUCAGCCUCUGCUUUUCAAUGGCAUCGCAGCUGCUCUGGCUGACAUUCAGCAGACCCUCGACUCUCCCCACGCUGUGCCAGGUUCUGAGACUCCCAAGACACCUGCACCUCCCUACAGGCAAACUCUGGCCCCUCUUGUGGUAUCUCAAAAUUACAUGCAUAGACUUGUUGCCGAGCGUUGGGACGCCGAAGUAAGGUGUUGCGAGGAGGGUCGCAAAGCACAAUUAUUAGAAGUACAGCUUGCUGUGCAUGGAAUUACAAAACUAGUGUAA